AUGGUGACCACAAGAGGCAUGGAGAAUCCAGAUCCAAUUCAGAUGAUAAGAGAACUGCAGGCGCAGUUAGAAGAGCAAGCCCGAACUAUUGCAACUUUACAACAAGAAUUACAACAGAAGAAGACUAAUGAUGUCGAACGCAGCAAAGAAAAACAACACGACCGGGAGACAUCCGAAGAUAGUCAGAAUCAUAAUCCACCUCCUCCCCCCCGAUCCCCAAACUUCUUGUCGUUCACUGAUGCCAUUAUGCAGGCCCCUAUGCCUAAUCGACCUCCACCUCAGGUGGAGAAGUUCGACGGCACGACGAAUCCAGAGCAUCAUUUGCGGAAUUUCAUUGAUUCUAUGGCCUUCUACACUCAAAGUGACCCAGCAAAAUGUCGGGCGUUCUCCCUGUCACUGAGGGGAGAAGCCCUAGAAUGGUAUUAUACCCUUCCACCCAAUUCGGUGGAUAGUUUCCGCACGCUGACAAACAUGUUCAAAAAGCAAUAUUCCACCAACCGAUAUGAGGAGGUUACUGCUGCCGAGCUAGUCAAUCUCAGACAGGGAAAAGACGAAACUCUCAGAGCUUUCAUGCACCGAUACAACCAUGUCACCCGAAGGAUAAAGGGAGCCAGUCCCGAAUUCAUCAUCAGCAGUCUACCCAACUGCCUAACAGCAGGAUUCGUCUCUGAAAUCUUAUAUGUCGAGUUACCCAAUAUGUUGGAGGAGCUGCAACAAAAGAUGGCCAAAUUUAUUAAAAUGGAAGAUUAG